AUGAUUGGUAUAGACGUUGGGGGCAAAGUUUUCAAGACGCUUCUUGGAAAUUUGGCCAAAGCCGAGAGGACCAGCACCCUUUACAUGGUAAAAGAUCGAUUUUACAAAUAAAGAAAAAAAGUUGCAGCUCUACACGCAGAUCAUCACCGGGACGAUCCGUCCUGACGAGCAUUUCAACUAUUUUCUCGACCGAGAUCCCAAAUGCUUCCGUUACAUUCUCAACUAUCUGCGGGAUGGCCGUCUGAUCCUACCCAAUGAUGGUCAUACGGCCGCUCAGCUUUUCGCCGAAGCCGAGGUUUUUUUUUCGCCAAGACCAUCUUGUAGAGCUUUUCAUUGCGAAUCGAACGGUGUAUUUGAAAUCCAACAAAAGUUCCUAGUUUUUGAGAAAAACUACUCCAAAGUUCAAAGUCCGCGCCAAAAGUGCAUCUUGCAGUAAAGUUGCUCCACGGCUAAAAUGAAUCCUUGUUUUUCCUUGUAUUAUAGUUCACGGCGUUUUUGUUAGGGAAACCAAAAUUUUUUUGGAAAAUUACUUUGAACAUGGUGUGUGCUAAAGCGCCGCAGUGCUUGCACACUACACACUAUACUUUACGGGAAAAAAAUAGGAGCAAAAAACGCCGUGAGUUUAAUACAACAUCAAGAAAACCUCCGAUAAAAUGGGAAAAAUUGAAAAUGUUGAUGAAAAUUAGGUUACGGUAAGCAACUUUGUGUACACCGACCCUAUGGCGCGAAUUGAGUUUUUCAAAAAAAAAAUACGGGGUUUCCGGGAUUCGCAAGUAUCCCGAUUGCGAUGGAAAGCUUUAAAUCUCAAACAAAAAACGUACUCUUUUAUUUUCAGUCUCUCGGGCUAACCGGACUGGCAGGACGCCUCAGCAAUUACGUCAAGAGAAACCCGGGAAUCGUGAAAAUUCCCUUGUGA